AUGGUUGAUUGGAAGAUGGUUGAUUGGAAGAUGGUUGAUUGGAAGAUGGUUGAUUGGAAGAUGGUUGAUUGGAAGAUGGUUGAUUGGAAGAUGGUUGAUUGGAAGAUGGUUGAUUGGAAGAUGGUUGAUUGGAAGAUGGUUGAUUGGAAGAUGGUUGAUUGGAAGAUGGUUGAUUGGAAGAUGGUUGAUUGGAAGAUGGUUGAUUGGAAGAUGGUUGAUUGGAAGAUGGUUGAUUGGAAGAUGGUUGAUUGGAAGAUGGUUGAUUGGAAGAUGGUUGAUUGGAAGAUGGUUGAUUGGAAGAUGGUUGAUUGGAAGAUGGUUGAUUGGAAGAUGGUUGAUUGGAAGAUGGUUGAUUGGAAGAUGGUUGAUUGGAAGAUGGUUGAUUGGAAGAUGGUUGAUUGGAAGAUGGUUGAUUGGAAGAUGGUUGAUUGGAAGAUGGUUGAUUGGAAGAUGGUUGAUUGGAAGAUGGUUGAUUGGAAGAUGGUUGAUUGGAAGAUGGUUGAUUGGAAGAUGGUUGAUUGGAAGAUGGUUGAUUGGAAGAUGGUUGAUUGA